UUAUCAUUGACCGGUCGUAUGCGCCACACCAAACGAGAAAUAUUUUUUUAAAUAUAAAUUAGUAAUUAAUUUUUUCUCUAUUGGUUCGUUAUCGAUUGUAACCUCUAGUUAUUCUACAAAACUGUUCCGGACGUAUUCGAAGAACUCCUAUUGACUGCGUAAAUCCAAAAAUUAAAGAUCUUGAUAAUAGCUAUUCUAUAAUAUAAAAUGCCAGUGAACGAGAAUGUUAUUCUCCUUGACAUUGAAGGAACAAUUACAUCAAUUAGCUUUGUUAAAGAUACAUUAUUUCCUUAUGUCACCAACGUCUUAGAGGAUUAUAUAGAAAAACACUGGGGCGAUGAGAGCUUUCAACAAGAUUUAGAGUUAUUGCGCGCACAAGCAGUUAUUGAUUCCAAUGUUGAGGGCUUUGUACCAAUAUCUGCAGAUGACAAUGCAAAGAAAUCUGUCAUUAAUAAUGUACUAUGGCAGAUGAGCAAAGAUAGGAAAACUACUGCUUUAAAGCAAUUACAAGGUCACAUAUGGAAAGAUGGAUAUGAGAGUGGUCUUCUAAAAGGUCAUUUAUAUGAAGAUGUAAUACCUGCUUUAAACAAGCUAACCAAUUUGGGUAAAAAAAUAUACACUUACUCAUCUGGGAGUACAGAAGCUCAAAAGUAUUUAUUUCAAUAUUCCAUGUAUGGAGAUGUGUCUGGUUUAUUUUUAAAAUAUUUUGAUACUAAAAUGGGUCUAAAAGGCUCAGAAACCAGUUAUAUAAAUAUUGCUAAUGAGAUAAAUGUAAGUUGUAGUGAUAUUUUAUUUUUGACUGACGUAGUUGCUGAAGCAGAAGCAGCUAUAAAAGCCGGCUGUAAUUCAACUCUUUUGGUAAGACCUGGUAACGUUCCUUUGGAUCCUGAGAACAGUUCAAAAUUUAGAAUUAUAAAGACACUAGAUGAAUUAUUAUAAAUUAAGUUGGAACACAAUUACACAUAAUAUACAU